CCGGAAAAUUUUCAUCGACAAUGAUAAUGUGAUUUUAUAUUGGUUAAUCUGGUUAACCAAUUAACCAAACCAAUUAAACUUUAGUUUGGUUAAUUUGGUUGUUGUAUUAGUUUGGACAGUUUGGUUAUGAUAUUGUAUUCCAUGGUUAAUGGAAUUUAGCCUUAUUUGAUUUGGUUAUAACCAUGGUAACCAUUUGAACACCCCUAUUGAGAGUGAUGGGGGCCUCCUCAAGAGUAGCUGGAGCGAUUUGGAGCGACCUUCUAGAGGCUGAAGCAGAGAAGAAAGAAGAAGCAGGGUUCGUGGCGGCGGGGGAGACGGUGGUGGCGGCGGCAGUGGUUGUGCUUCUCGCCGGAGGGGAAAGCCUCGAUCGUCGACAACCUCUUCGCCACGGAGAUCGGUCGGUGCACUCCAAACGCGAUCUCCCCAGUCCCAGCAGAACACCAAAGCGUCCGAGCACGGAGAUCGGUCGCGGCCGUCACUGCUUUGCGCCGCUGACCACCAAAGCGUCCGACCCUCUUCCCAUUAACUCAGCAACAGCCGGCCGUCAGCGCCUUCCUCCGUUGAAGACGAAAUCGUGACGCCCUCUUACCAGAAUAUUCCGAUGGAAACUGCUUCUCUUCCUGUCCUGCGGGUAGGCGAAAGGAUAGAAAAUGUGGGCUUAUUUCAGCCAAACAAAAACUAAAUGAAAACUAAUUGAAAAC